AUUAUUUAAGUCUAAUUUAAUUCUCGGUUUAACGUGUCUUUCAGUAUUAUCUUGUUAACCCUUCUUAUAUCUGAUUCUAGAAUUUGUCAUCUCUUUAUAAGUUUCGUUUCCUUGCCCAGAUUAAGUUCAUAUAAGUAACUAGCUAGAGAUGAUGUUCUAAAAGUAAAGAAGAGUUCAAAACUUGUGAAUUCUUCCUUGUUCUUAUUUUGUUUGAUUACGCGUACCGGCGUACGUAAUUUAUUACAAAGAAAGCUCAAAUUAUAUACAUAUAUAUUUUGAGAUAUACACAUCUUUUUUUUAAUCUUUCUUGACCAGAGUUCUAAUUAGAUAUUAUAAAGUCUCGGAGACUUAGGUGAUAUUGGUCAACUUAACCAGUUUCAGAACAUGGCAAACAACUCAUUACGUUGUUCGAUUAGUAAAAAACCGAAUGACGGUAUGAUGCUCAUAGUAGCGAUUUUCGCAGGAAUAGUCAUCGGAUUUCUAUUAGGAAUAUCUUUCCCUACAUUGUCACUAACUAAGAUGAAUUUUCCAGCAAGCAUACUUCCUUCUGUUGCUAAUGUUUAUAUAGAAGAUGAGAAAGCAGAGAAUUCUUCACCUAGGAGAAGUCCAAAAAUUGAGUUUAAUUCAAGUGGUCCAGCACAUCAUAAGAUUUGGGUUCCAUCUAAUCCUCGAGGUGCAGAGAUGUUAGCUCCAAGUAUUGUUGCAGCCGAAUCAGACUUUUACUUACGAAGAUUAUGGGGAUUGCCUAAAGAUGAUUUACCAGUGGUGAAGCCUAAGUAUCUUGUUGCUUUUACUGUUUCUUAUAAACAGAGAAAAAACAUCGAUGCUUGCAUCAAAAAAUUCUCAGAUAACUUCACUAUUGUUCUAUUUCAUUACGAUGAGAAAACUUCGGAGUAUGACGAAUUUGAAUGGUCUAAACGGGCGAUACAUGUGAGCGUACCUAAGCAAACCAAGUGGUGGUAUGCUAAAAGGUUUCUGCAUCCUGAUAUCAUAGCACCGUACGAAUAUAUAUUCAUUUGGGACGAAGAUCUUGGUGUUGAAAACUUUGACGCAGAAGAGUACAUCAAGGUAGUAAAGAAGCAUGGUCUAGAAAUAUCACAACCCGCUGUGGAAUCAAAGAAAUCAAUUACGUGGAAGAUAACAAAGCGAAUACCCGGAAUUGAAGUCCACAAAGAAGUGGAAGAGCGACCAGGCCGCUGCAAAAAUCCUCACCUACCUCCUUGUGCAGGGUUUAUAGAGAUCAUGGCUCCGGUUUUCUCAAAGGAUUCAUGGCGUUGCGUGUGGCAUAUGAUACAGAAUGACUUGGUUCACGGUUGGGGUCUUGACUUCGCGCUAAGAAAAUGUGUCGAGCCUGCACAUGAGAAGAUUGGUGUUGUGGAUUCUCAAUGGAUCAUUCAUCAAAAGAUUCCUUCUUUAACCGGCCAGGGAAUUGCACAGGAGGGGAAAACUGCGUUCCAAGGGGUAAGGGAGCGAUGUAAACGGGAAUGGACAAUGUUUCAGAAAAGAAUGACGCGGUCAGAGCAGAAGUAUCUGAAAGAAAUUGCAUCUGCAUCUUCAAACGCUACACUUACAUAAACACCAAAAGAGCAGUGGAGGAACUGAAAUAACAAACUUUAGUCUUCAGAUAGCAUUUCUAGUAUAAAAGAGAAAUAGAAUGUUGAUAUGAUGAUUGAGCACAUAUCCAAAUAUGUAUACACACACAUACACUCACACAAUACACAUUCUUUGAAAAGAACUAGAAAACUCUGUUCUAGAAACACUUCUAAGUCUUACAACAGUUAAUAAAAGUUCUUUUCAAACU